AUGAAAUCGUAUGGAUCCAAGCUACCGCUGCAGCCUCUGGCACCAGCGUCGUUCUUCCUUCGUGGGGCGGGCUUCCUCGUAGCCACCGCAUUUGUCGUGAGUAUGGUCUUCAUGGUGGCGGUCAUGCAGUCCGUGGGAGCAAGAGGUAAUGUGCGGGUGUCUAUUGCCUUUAACCAGGACCACCCUGUCACUCACGGGCAGUUUGUGCCGAUGAAUGAGGCAAAAAAUGCUCCGAGUGUCUCCAUUGAGGGGGGCGUAACCGGCAGUGCCGACCGCUACACAUACGUGCUCAUCGACAUUGAUGCUCCGGACCCGAAGGCACCAACGCACGCGCCAUUCCUGCACUACAUUGUGGCGGGCUUAGCUGCAAAUGGGCAAAGCACUUCGCAACAAGACACAGUAGAGGUCGUUUCUUACUAUCCAGUGACCCCUCCAAUUGGAGAACACCGCUACGUGUCACUGCUGUUCCGCCAACAAGAGAGUGAUCCCAGUGCUCCAGAUGCAGAUCUCACAGCUAAACGCGCCAACUUUGACGUGGAUGAGUUCACAAAGAAGCACAAAUUGGAUCUAGUUGACAAGAGCUAUUUCCAUUCUCGUCCAGCCGCCCAAGAUAACUGAAAGCAACGUGAAGGUACGUAAGUGUCGGGUGAAAUCCUCGCUCGUUCUUCUUACAUAUGACAAGGUCGCUCGAGGAUAGCAAAAUAUUGAUAUUACGAAUUCUAGUGACAUUCAUCCAGUA